AUGUCAGCUCAAGCACGCGGGCCACCGCCCACAGGCCGUGCAAGCUGGCAGCAGCAACAGGCCAGCUACGCGACGUCAGGUGCACUCCCUCCUCAGCUUGCUCAGCCUGCCGGUGCUGGCCCUCGUGGUGCACACCCAUCGGAACCGCUGACGGCACCCAUAGCACAGCUCGUCUCAGAGGCGCCGAAUGCUGGUGGUAAUGCUGCCAUACCGGUGUCAUCCGCUCCCCCGAUCCCCACCUUCUCCCAUAUCCCUUACUUUACGGCUAUCCAGCUCGAAACGCUCUACACUCGUCGUCGUGGAACACGCAUGUCGGCGUCAACAUGGCAAACCAACCGUGACAUGGCUACCGGAUUCAUUCAGUCGGUUGCAUCUCGCCUUGGUUUCCCACAGCGCACCACUGCUACCGCACAACAGAUCUAUCAGCGCUUUCAUCUGUUCUUUCCACCUUCCGAUUUUGUUCUCCACGAGAUCGCUGUUGCCUCUUUGUUCGUAGCUGCCAAACUGAACGAUACAAACAAGAAACCUAGGGAUGUUCUGCUGGCCAGCUAUGCGCUCCGUUUCCCUCAGCUCGUCAAGGGAGGCAGCGCUGCUUCAGCUCUCGAGACAACUCCAACCACUAAAACGGUGACGGACGAGCCGAAUUUUCCCACCCUAGCAGGUCAAAAGCGCAAACACGCAUCAACAUCAGCCGUAGAGUCCUUAUCACCUAACCCGCUAGCGAUGGCCAUCGGCAGUGUCGGAGAAGCCGACGUCGAUCCCAACAUCCUCGAAAACGAUCGAAAACGGCUCAUGGCGCUCGAAAAGCUCAUCCUCGAAAGCCUCUGUUACAACUUCCAGAGCAAUGCCUGUAUUGCGCUCAAAAUGGUGAUCAAAUUGGGAAGGAAGAGCAAAUUGCCCAAGUCAUUCAUCCGAACCUCCUGGAAAAUGGCUGCUGAUUUGUUCCGCACUUCGGCGCCGAUGCAGUAUCCGCCCAACGUGAUUGCUGUCGCGGCGCUGUACGCAGCUGCUCUGCUAGCUAGACCCCCGUCUAGAACCACGCUACCUUCCGAGCAAGGACAACAAGUUGCGGCAGAUACUCACCAGGACGAUCCACUGGUGGCGUUUCUGAACAAUAUCAAAGCGGUUUCGGCUACGCCAUCACCAGCAUCAAUCCAAGCCUCACCAGCAACACCCUCCCUUGUUCCGCUGUCAGAACCCUUCGCAGGCUGCGAUCCUGAAUGUCGUGUUCACGUAGAAGACGUCGAAGAAGCGGUCCAUGAACUUCUCGAUCUGUUUCUGACGUGUACGGCGCAACUCCCACCUUCGCUCUACAUGACAUCCGCGUCAGGACUCGGUACAUCUACGGCAGCUACGCCAUCCCCGCUUUCGCCCGCAGACCCAUUGGAUGCCUUUGCCACGUCGCCAUCCUCUUCUGGCGGCAUGAGCGACCCAUCUCAGCCAGCCCCUUCACGCAAAAAGCUCAAACAGUACGAAUAUUCGCCACCCCCCUUCGGGCUCGUCGAUUGGCUCAAUAGCGCUCGAUGCACGCAGCUCCAACUAAGUGCGGGCAAAUCUGCUGCUGCUGUUGGUGGUGGAAUUAUGGAUCCGACCGCGCCAACCAAGGAGCUUUCCGCAUUGCUAACCGAUCUCAAGAUUUAUCUGCGUGGAAUAGAGUACGAUCGACAACGCGCGGAUGCUGGUUUCCUUGCCGAAGUGGGCCUUCUCGCCGAAGCCAACGUGGUCCCAUUGCCUGGAGUGGAUGCUGCUUCGAUGAGUGGUGUGGGACAGCCAGUAGCAGCGCACUCGGUUACGAUCGAGUUACGACCUCUUGGCAAUUCCGACGCCUCUAUCCACAAGAGCGGUGAUCAAAUUUGGGAGGCAUUGGAUGACGCGCAGAAGAGGAUUGUGGAGCGGAUCCGAAGAAGGAAGUUGGUAGCAGCGUUGAGGUUAACGUUUGUAGAACCGCAGGUGGAAAAGCGGGCGGAUGUGGGUGGCGCAACUGUGACGAGUCGCGACGAGUAUAAGCAAUCGCCGACAGAACAACGGCACCAGUCGCUAAUCAAGGAAUCCGCUGACCAGACGCUACCACUAAAAAGAAAUCGAAUCGAACAGGCCAGACGAUACCUCUUCUAG